AUAAUGGUGCACAUGAAUGUCCUGGCUGAUGCUCUCAAGAGCAUCACCAAUGCUGAAAAGAGAGGCAAAUGCCAAGUUCUUAUUAGGCCAUGCUCCGAAGUCAUUGUUCCGUUUCUAACUGUGAUGAUGAAGCAUGGUUACAUCGGUGAAUUUGAAAUCACUGAUGUUCACAGAGCUGGGAAAAUUAUUGUGAACUUCACGGGCAGGUUAAACACGUGUGGAGUGGUCAGCCCCAGAUCUGAUGUGCAACUCAAAGGUCUAGAAAGAUGGCAUAAUAACCUACUCCCAUCCCACCAGUUUUGUUUCAUUGUACUAACAACCGCAGCUGGCAUCAUGGACCAUGAAGAAGCAAGACAAAAAUACACAGGAGCAAAAAUCCUGGGAUUCUUUUGCUCAGGAUAUAAUACACAUAGUGGUGUCCUUAUGCUACACAGAGCCUGCACAACCAUACACAGCCCUGGCACUAGGGUAUGUCUCAACAAACCCUUCCUGCUGAGGAGGCAACAAGGUAAUCUGAGAGUCACUAAAGCUGGGCAGGAUCCUUAUCCCAAACAGUAUUCCAGCAUCUAUGAGGCCCGUCAGAACCUGGGGUUCUUGUUCUGUGAGGCCUGA